AUGUUUGUUAACGAAUCUUCGGUGCACCACCUGUCACCGCCCGGGCAUGCCGCCGCGCCGGUGGUGUACGUCUCCACCUCUGCGGCGGCGCACGGGGCCCUCGCGGGCCUGGACCCCGAGCGCCUGGCCUCCGUGUCGCUGGUGGCAGGCAACCGGCCGCACCACGACCUCCUGGUGCACCCCGUCCGGCGCCCCCUCUCACUGCAACAGCUCGUGGGCGGGUCGACGACAGGUGCUGGGCGAAGAUUCGCGGCCUCCGUGCAGCAGGAAAGGCUACAACGCCGGCGCAGCUGGCGCGCUUUGCCGCCGUCCGCAAGGUUGCGAACGGCGCCCCCUGAGGCAACCCAUCAGGCCUGCGCCCCCAAUGCGAAGGGCGCGCCAUCCUCAGCUGGUCAAGCCAUGGGUGGAAACGCGGCUGCGAGCUCCCCCUCUGGGUGCUGGCCGCGGCGCGGCCGUUUCACCGUGGCCCCAGGCAGCUUCGGCACAGGGGAGGCGGAAGGGAAAGGGAAGUAG